CGGGGUGUGUGAGGGCCAUGCUUCGCCAUUUCCGGAUCCCUGCAGCUGGAUCAAGCCUGUUGCGGCCGGUCCGGCCGCGACUCUUAGGGAACAGAUGCAGUUCCCAGCGCAAGGUCGACGACGAUGGAACACCAAGUCGAUGACGGAACAGCAAGCCGACAUUGUGCCUGAGGAGGGCUUGUCCUGGUUUGAUCUCUCCUGGAUCAUGCUUUCGGACGUCGUCGGGACCUCGGUGCUCACCUUGAACGGUGUGGCCGCGCGAUUGGGCUUUGUCCUCACUGUGGCCUUCAUUUGCGGUUUGUUUCCCGUGGCCUUGUACACCUCUGUUCUGAUGAGCAGGACACGGAGGAUCCUCACCGACAGCUUGGGCGUGACGGAACCCUUAGGAACCAUGGGCCAGGUUGCUGGCGCAACUUUCCGGUCAGCCCAUGUGGGUCGGAUUGUUACCUUGGUGGUGUAUGGCUACACCUUGCUGGGGCAAGCGUCCUAUAUGCUGGUGCUCGGAAACACGUUGCAGCAGGUCUUUUAUUCCACCUCGCUCUGCCUGCCCGUGGCGGUGCUGCUCUCCAUCGCGGCGCUGCUGGUGCCCACCUUCGGCCUUCGCAGGCUUAGAGAUUCUGUCGCGCUCUGCUUUUUCAACUCCAUGUUGAUCCUGGCGGUCAUUGUGAUUGCCUUGGUCCGCUUGGGCUACAAUCGCCCGGACUGCAAGCACACCUACUGGUUUGAACCAGGCGUGAGCCUUCUCACGUGCUUGGGGGCCGCCACCAACGUGGUCUAUAGCUUCAGUGGCCAAUGGAUGUACUUCGAACUCAUGGACACCAUGGCCGAGCCCAAGGACUUCCCAAAGGCCUUCCUGGUCUCAGGCCCCUUCAUGCUUACCACAUACCUCUCCGUCGCGCUGCUGGGCUACUGGUUCGGCUCGGGGAAGAUGGACCUCGUCGGAGGGAUGCCCCAUGGGCCCACCUUGCAGGUUGCGGCAGUUCUCCUUUUCAUGCACGUGGUGAUCGUGUACUUGAUUAAGAGCGUCGUCUUGAUUCGCUACGCGCAUGGCAGCUGCCGCCCGGGGCAGGUGGAGAAACGCAGCUGCCGCUCCUACCUGGAGCAUGGAGGUUGGGGUGUUGGCGUGCUGCUGUUCUGCUUUCUCGUGUCCAACAUCAUCCCGUUCUUCUCGCAACUCCUGGGCAUCAUCGGCGGCUUCUUCGCAGGCCCCAUUAGCUUCCUUUUUCCCAUCACCUUCUUCCUGGUGGCCAAAGGCCGAGAAGAGGAUGCCGAGAUCUCCACGGAUAGCCAGGAGGAGGAACCGUUGGAAGGCAAAGAAGGGAGUUCCUCGAUCACCUCGUCUGGGAGUUCUUCCGCCGACGAGGAGCCGAGGCUUCGCUUCGCCUGGCAGUGCUUGCCAGUCUGGGAGCGCUUGCUCUUGCUGCUGACUGUCGUUUUCAUCUUAGCCACCAUGGUCUUCGGCGUAGCCGAAGAGAUCAAGCAGGUGAUCAAGCUUUGGGGUGAAUUCGGCGCGCCUUUUGAUUGCCACACCUUACGAGAACCGUACCCUUGGCACACAUGGACCAUCCCCAUCCUCGCUAUGGAAAUGGCGGGCCCCGACAUGGUGGUCUUCUCCAGCAGCUCCUGCCCCUUUUGCCAGAAGGCGCUGGCCGCGCUGAAGGAUGCAGGACCGGCUCCCCGGCCCUGUGUGGCGCGGGAGAGACAUAAGACGAGCAGAGCGGAGGAAAGCUCACCGUUUUGGGUAUUUGCAUCCAUGUCAAAGCCUAUGUUAAGCUGGACGCUGGACGGUGACAUCAUGCGUCCAGCGGUGACAGGAUACGCUCCGACCGUGGUGGAGGACUUUGAUCGCAGCCAGUUGGCCGGCAAGUGCGGCGGCUCGACCAGUGUCCCCAAGGUCUUUGUGAAGCAGAACUUCAUUGGAGGCUGCAACGAUGGCGGCAUGGGUGGCACCUUGCCCUUGUUGAAGAACGGGAAGAUCAAGGAGGCGUUGAGAAUCUCCUGGCGCGAUCAGGCCACCAAGGACACAGGUGGCGAGUUUGACUUCCUUCAUUCCGCUGCGUGGAAUGGAGUGAAGUUGGCGACGAAGGAGUAUGGUGAAGGCUGUCGCGUGGACUAUUCCGUGGUGUGUAGCGGCACGAGCGCUAGCUUGAAGCUCCAAGACUCCUGCGGAGCCCGCACAGACACCAGGUCCUUAUGGAGCUCCCGGAGUAGCGAGCUACACACCGGGGGAAGCAGCUUUGGGUCCUCGCUGGCGCAUCCGUUUCGGAAAGCCAACGACCGCGUGUUGGAGGUCUUUUUGCCCAAGGGCACCAAGAAACACAGCGAGAACAGCGUCAGGAUGACGGAGGAUGGAUCUUCCGUGACCUUCAGGUUUGUGAAGCCGCCAACCUUGAAGGAGCAGCUGGCCGAGGUGGGGAAGAUGAUUUUCUUUACGAACGUCCCGAAGCUGGCGAUGUGCUUGCCGCAGCACGAAGACUACAUCUUCCACUCAAACCUGACCGGGUGCAGCUACAGCGCCCAACAAUGCGCUGCCUGCCACAACUUCCUGGAAGGUAAGUUGAAGGGCUUGGAACCUUGUGCAGUGGCUGAGACGUCUCAAAGUCGUGCUCGUUGUGAGCUCUUGAUGAAUGAGAUGCAAGAGGAGAAAGCGGAUGGUGAGCGGAUUGUGGAUACGAUCAGUAAGAGUUGGCGCAGCCGAAGCGAUGAUUUGACGAUGCCCUUGGCUUGGCAACUGGGGUGCCAGGACUUGGGCUGCUGUCCCUUAGAUCCCGAGGCGGCCAAGGUCAUGAGCGACGAGGCAAAGCGAUCAUUGGCCUUGGAGAAGUUCCAGGAUGAACGGAAGUCGGAGCGUGUGGGAGAGCUCACCGGUGUGGCAGACGCCAUUCUCAAUGAUCCGGAUGCUCGCUUCAAGUUGGAAAGCGUCUUGAAGAUGAAGGUGCGCCACAAGAAGGACGAGGUCCAGGUCUUGAACGAGGACUUGCUCAACGACAUCUCCCAAAUCAAGGUGCCUAAAUCCAACAAAGAUUGCAGGUGGAACUUCAAAAAGGCCCGCUGCGAACCAAAGCCCGGCUGUGACUACAAGUAUCGCUUUGGAGAUCGGUCACUGCAUAAGAGCUGUCGCUUAUCCGCGCAGAAACAGCCCACCAGUGAUGCUGAAUGCCUUUGGAACUAUAAGAAGGCCCGGUGUCAUCAGCCCCUCUACUGCGCGCGGCGCUGCAAGCCGGGCAAAGACUGGACAUUGGACCAGUGCUGCAAGCUUCGGACGAAAGAGGUGACCGCGGCGAAGGUGAAAGAACCGAAGGGAGAUUUUACUCUUACAGACGAGGAGAUGGAGGAGAUUGAUUCAGCUGUUGAUGAAGUGCUGGCAGAUCUUGUGGCAGAGGAAGGUGCUACGGAGGGCUCCGAAUCGAUCGGGUUGGAAAGCGACGAGAGCGACGAGAGCUCGGUGGGAUUGGAGAGCGACGAGAGCGACGAGAGCUCGGCCCCCCCUGCCGGGGAGGGUGCGAGUGCUGGGGAGGGCGAAGUGGAGGGCAACUGCCAGAGCCCAAGCGACCGAACGCUCAUGAAGCGUCCCAACCUUUCGCAAGACUUGGAGGAUGCAUCCAGAGCAAGCUUGGGAGCGGCCUUUGGCUUUCCGCCAGUCUAUUUGAAGAGAGACAAAGUCUUGAAGAAAUUCGUCGAGCUGGGCAUGUCUGAGAUGUGCACCUGGGCGGCCCUGUGGUGA